GUAAAAGAUUGUACUUAUGGGAAUUAAAUUCUAUGCGAAUUGUAACGGACUUACUAAGCAGUUUUUCCUUGCCGUUUGUUUACUUAAAACAUAAACUGUGUGUAGGGCGUGCUGUUAGGCAAAUGAACGGUGUGUUUUUAACACCCCACGGUGAUUGGCGCCGUUGUUCUCCUGGCUGUGAGCCGAGGGGGAUUUCUAUCUUGUCGCUUCCCUGUUGCUGAGGAUAUUACAUAAUAUGGCGGUAAGCUGUUGAUGUAGGUCAGAACCAAAGGCCGGAUCGGUCCGUCUGGUUUUUAACUAAAAAUAACUUUUCAUCCCACUCGACGGUACAGGUCUGUUGGUAGCAUUAGCUUAAUUUUACAAUGGGAAUCAGUAGGAUACACAUUAGCAUAGGCUAUGCUAGCUUCGGUACUCUGGUUGGAUUUUCAGCCUUCCUCGUCUGGAAUAUCGCCUAUAAACAGCCAUGGACAGCGGCCAUGGGAGGCCUGUCGGGAGUUUUGGCGUUCUGGGUUCUAGUCACUCACAUCAUGUACCUGCAGGACUUCUGGCGCACCUGGCUCAAGGGCCUCAAAUUCUUCAUUGCUGUCGGUGCAAUCUUCUCAGUUCUGGCCGUCGCUGCCGCCUUUACCUUUCUAAGUCUGGCCAUCACACAGAAACAAUCUCUGAUCGACCCGCGGAGCCUCUACCUUUCCUGCAUUUGGAGCUUCCUGACACUCAAAUGGUCUUUCCUGUUGGCCUUGUACUCUUACAGAUACCGCCAGGAGUUUGCCGACAUCAGCAUCCUUAGCGACUUUUAGCCAGGAGGAUUUUUAUAGACUUCGGUGAAGGUUGAAGGAUUUAGGAAUGCCAGCAGGAGCUGGACUUUGAGCUUUGGAACAACAGGAGGAAAAGCAGACGUGGCUGAUUUGGAAGUCGUAUGACUUUUACCACGCGGAGAUGCACUUGUUGCUCUCGCGUAACAAGCUCUUUUCUUCGUCUUGUAACCUGUUUUACUACCUAACCACCAGUUACAGUUAAAGGUGAAUGCUUGUUCGGACUGGAGCAGUGCACUGCUGGGAAUGUAGGGAGUUUUUUUUCCUGAGAUUUUAUCUCUCGAUUGUUGUAAAACAACUUGUGUGAAUGGAAAUCACCACCGUUAUGGUGUCGUAAUGCACCGUUUAACACAGAAAUUCUCAGAACCAAAAUGAAAUGCUCAAAAUGAAACCACACGCUUGGUAGGUUGAUGGUGGCUUUCGAAGACGCGUCUAAGAGAACGGCAUCACUAAAGUUCAUCGUCUCCCACAGAUCUCAUGAUAGCAGAUGUUUAGACGUUGGUGCCACUGAAGUUGAAUUAGUUCUCAUACCCAAAAGAAUAUAAAAAUACUCUUAUAGUUUUAGAAGGUUAUACUCUUAUGUUUUAUUUCUCUUAAAAGUAGCAGUUGCACAUGUGAUAAUUUACAGUGGGGAAAAUAGGUGUUAAAUAUGUCAAUGUUUUUCUCCAUAAAUACAUCUUUAAAGAUGGUAUUGACAUGAAAUUCAAAGCAGAUGUUGGGUGAUGGACACAAAUAAAUAAAGACAUAAUAAUCCUAUAAGUUACAUGGAGAAAAGUGGAAUGGCACAGGUAAUAAGCAUUGAAGAAGCUUGAUGAAUUUUCUAUUUAGUUCUUUGUCAAAAGGCUUUUUAGUAACGGCAUCUUCCAGAUGUUCACACCAGAACAUCCGUGUGAAUUUUGUUAAAGUUCUUCUGGUUACUUUAUUUUCUGUCUGAGAGUUCCCAUGACUCUGUGUGAGAGAGAGACUGUGUUGUUUAAAAAUCCACCCCUCAUUUCAUCUUCAGAUUCUUAUCAGUGAUGUCUAUUUAUCCUUCCUUCAAUUAAAGGGAGUGUGCCUGUGUAAUGUUAGGGAUAGGAAUUCAUCAUACUGUUUACUCAUAUCAUGAAAUGAUCAAUCGUUUAUUCUGUGAUGAUAACGAUGCACUCUAAUCGAUGGAAAACCUGAAAUAAUUGAGGUUGUUACCGUUGGCUCUUCUCUCCUUUGUUAACUCCAAGAGAUCGGCCGUAAAAGCUGCUUUUGUGUUUUAAAAUAUGAUUUAAUGCUUCUGCUGGAUAUGUUUUAGCAGCACUGUGGCAUUACUGAAUGAAACUAGAUGAUAUUGGGAACAUUAUGUUUGCAAAUAUGUCCAGUAAGAGAUUUAUAGCUGAAAACGGUGAUGAUGAAUUUUCAGCUUUUUGUCAUCACAGCUACAAAAUGUUGAUACAUAUUUAGACUCUUUUAUUGUAGUAUUUUAUCGACUUGUCCGAAUGCUCUGUAAACUUUCAAACAUGUUUCAAAUGCCUUUUCUUCAGUAGUGGAGUCUUGUGCAGAGAGUGGUUGAGUGAAUAACUUAUUGUUUUCUUGGAGAAAAUCCCUCCUGGUUUUCCUGACAUGCUGUGUGUCUCUUAACUUAUUUAUUCUCUGAACUUAUUUUUAGGGUGAAAUUAUUGUCUUUCCACUUCCAGAUUAUAUUAUAGACAUAUUGCACCUAAUUUCCUUCCUAUUUCCAGUGCUUUACCUGUCAUUCCACUUUGUGAAUUUCAUAUCAAUACGUCUAUUAGAAAUGGAUUUACUGAGAAAAACAUCCUCAAUGCUUGUUUUCCCUGUUGCAUAUUAAACGCUCACUUUGAUUGAAGGUUAUUGAUGCAUUUAGCAGGUACUUGCUUAAUUUCGAACUGUCACUACGAUAGACGUGAUUAUGCGUUUGUGGAGUCUUGUUGCAACAGCUACACCAAGAAACAAACGUUGCACCACAAAACACUUGCAUGCAAGAAGAGGGCAUUUUGGCAGCACAUUUCCCUGCUUUCAGUUGUCGCCGAGUUCCUUAAAUGAGUUAUUUUCUACAUUUACGUCCUCAAAUCUGCGAGGGGUUGUGUAACUUUUCCCUGACGAAACUAUCACAUACACUUUGUAAUGCAUUUUAUUUUUAGUAACAACUCUAAGCGUGUUGCAGCCUCUCCACUUCUUGAUCCUGUCCAGCAUUUAGAGUUCCUGCAGUACUUUCUUGAUGAUCACCUUUCAGUGAACAUCGGCAUUAAUAUUUAGCCCUGCUAUCGUCUGGUGUGACGUCCUUUCGGCUCCCCUGCAUCAUUUAAGAACAAAAAAAACAAUUUUCAAGUUCAGAUGCUCUAAUUUAAAGCUUUAUUUAUCAGAGAACUAUCAAUGCGAUUGGAUUACUAAUGCUAUUAUUAAUAUGGGAUGAAAAAUUGUAAUUCUGAUGUAAAAAGUGCUUUUCUCUGUUUGUUCCACAAGGGGGAGACAAAACACUUUCUGAUACUCUUAACAUUCCUGUUUUGGAAAAACACAUGGAUUUGAUACAGAGUUGCACUUUAGUAAAUGACAUUGUUGCCAUUGUUUUGCACACAGGUUGUCAUUUCUGUCUCAACCCUGGAAUGUUGUAAUAAACCAAGUAUAUGUAACAUUCAAUUUCCUAUUGGUUUGAUUUCACUAAUUAAGCUAAGGUCUUUUUUUCUUUUCUUUGUUUUUUGUUUCAUUGUUUCUCUUGUCUACAUUUUAAUUAUGAUACAUGUACAGUAUUUGUCAGUGAUUGCAUGUGAGAAUACUACAAGUACAAACCAAACACAUUAAAAUGCAUUUAUUGUUGUUUCUGUCAUGUCAAGUCUUCAUUAAUAAAGCAGAGAUACAGCA